GUCACCGCAUUGGGACUAUAGGACGUGCACUACUUGUUUCCUUCAAUUGCGUGAUAUGGUUAUGAUACUUCUAUUGUAUUGCGUUGCUCUGAGUCUGUCAGUUGCAUUCUGGAUAUCCAACUAUGUGAGCCUUUGGAUGUUUGGAAAUGUUUCAGACGUGUGCUCAGCCCCAAGAUGGAUCGCCGCCAUCAUCGUACCGAUCUUCAUCGCCCACCGGGGCUUGAAGAAGCGCAGUUUGGAUAAGUCAGGAGUACUAGCAGGUCUGAUUGUUGGCUUUCUCCUCACCCUGGGAAACUGGACGUUCUUGGCAAUGCUGCUGACCUUCUUUUUAUCAUCGUCGAAGGCCACACGUUUUAGAAGCAAACAGAAGCAAAGGUUUGAGGACGAUUUUAAGGAAGGCGGUCAGCGCAACUGGCGACAGGUGUUCUGCAAUGGUGGCGCCGCCGCCCAGGCCGCCUGUCUGUACCUGAUCGAGUGCGGCUGCCGCGAGACGCCCGUCGACUUCCACGCCGACUUCCACGGCUCCGUGCUCAUGCUGGCCGUGCUCGGUUCGCUGGCCGCCGCCAACGCCGACACGUGGGCUUCCGAGCUGGGCACGGUGCUGGCCGGCCGGGACCCGAUGCUCAUCACCACCCUGAAGCGAGUGCCCACAGGCACCAACGGCGGUGUGUCGCUGGCCGGCCUGCUGGCCAGCCUGCUGGGCGGCGCGCUGGUGGGCCUGGCGUGCUGGCUGACGCAGCUGGCGGUGCUGGGCGGCUGGACGCUGCACGGCCGGCCGCCGCAGUGGCCGCUGCUCACCGUUGGCCUGCUCUCCGGCCUGUUCGGCAGCCUGCUGGACUCGCUGCUCGGCGCCACGCUGCAGUACUCAGGUGUGACGGAGGAGGGCGUGGUGGUGGAGCGGCCGGGGCCGGGUGUGCGUCACAUCUGCGGCCGACCUGUCAUCGACAACCACUCCGUCAACCUGCUGAUGACCAUCGCCACCGGCUGCGUGGCCCCCGUCAUCGGCUACUGGAUCUGGCCGGCCGGUCGCUGACCCCAUCACCAGGGGACGCCAUUUGGCACUGGCGCUAGGUCGUAAGCGCCUGUCGACCGGAGGAUGAUACUAUGCUACAGGCUGGGGCAUCGGCUAAGGAUUUUUUGUAGAGCACGAUGUAGCUUGCUUUCUAGCAACUGGUAUUCUGGUGGGUCCGACGGACUCGGCAGUUAAGUUUGCGUGUUGGCGAAUUGUGGGUCGUCACAGCUGUAGUUAGGGCCGCCGUUGUCAUAGUAACGUCUUCCAUUGUGCCGCUUCCAGUCUGCCGGCAGCAUUGUACGUACUGUGGAGGAUCGCUGACGCUGGGCUACAGCGUUGCAGUCACUUGUCUUUUGUUGGGAGGGGCAUCUACUCGUGCCGAACCCAUGUGGCUCAAAAUAUAUUGUCUAGCAGCUGGAAUGAUAUUAUGUGCUCCAAACUUGACUAGGCGAAUCAUCCUCCUGCAUGCGUAAUUAUUUGCGUUCAAGACCUUGCGCGCCAAUGUACUGUGCCGUUCUUUACGAGAACGUGUCAAUUUACGUAUGUUGUUAAGUGCAUUUUGCGAGGAACAUUAUACAUUAAGAUAAGACAAUACUGCUAGCCUUAUUCCAUUUAGAGUAACCAGGAGAAAGGAGAGAUAAAUGUAUUGAUAUUUUGGCUACAUGGCUUUAUCAAAACCAAUAUGACCAGGAAAUUCCAAAUCUGAAAUUGCUGACCCCACUCGAUUUUUUCUUUGUUAAUACAGCGAACCACAGUUUUCACAAGUCACCAACAUUCAGAGGAUUAAACAAGGAUCAAUUUCCAGACACGAAUAUGCUAUAGUGGAUAUCCAACUAAGCAUUAAAAUGCAUUAAGAUGCAUGUGUCUUUCCUUGAAUGCGUUAUUUCUUGAAUUUGCGUAUAUGUACACGUAUUUUUACGUUUCUGAUAUUUUGUGGGGUAUAUACUGUAUCAUACACAGUAUAUGCUGACAAUGCAUAUACAGUAUAAGCUGGCAAUGGCCACUGUUUAAUCCCCUGCGUGUUGGUGACUUGUAGAAACUGUGACUCGCUGUUUAAACAAACCUGAAAAAUCGAGUGGGGCUGACAAGCAAUUUAAACCUUUGAAUUCACCACUCACAUUUGGUUCGAUAAAGGCAGGUGGCUGAAACGUCAUUGCGUUUAUCUCUCCUUUCUGGCUAUUCCAAGAGGAAUAAGGCUAACACUAGCGUCUUAUCUAUAGGGUGCCAAUUUAUUGCACUGGUUUAUGUGCAAACUCAGGUCGUGACUGCUGUUGCUUCGGGUGCACCGGGUGUAUCGUGGCACGGAUGCUGCAUGUGUUUGUGUUCCUUGCACCGGCAUGUCCACGCUCCCACUUGUGUUUCACUGUACCGGGAUGCGCGACCCCCUGAGUGUCGGGGGCACGGCACGCUCCCCUCGGGCCGCGACACCGGGUCCAGGUGUUAAUCCUCCCAGGUGGCGUGGUUGGCCGUUUGUGUCUACCGUCCGCCACAAGCGGUACGUUUACUUUUUAUUAGCAGCGUGUGUGGUGAUCAAUCCGUUGACGGUUUUCCCAUAGUGCAGCUCGCCAGCGGCAAGCAA